AUGGGAAAACACAAAGACAGGGAGGGAGAUGCGGUUGUCGUCGCAGACACUCCCGUUCUGCAACGAACCUCUACCACGUCUUUGAAGAGACCGCUGGAAAGUGCCUUGGAGGAAACGUCUUCAUCGCCGUCUGUUAAUGUCAAGGCGGGCAUGGCGAAGGCGUCGACGACGCGGAGCAGUAAAAGGGGGCGCCUGGCGGAGCCGAAAGUGCGGCCCGAGGAGGAGCAGAUAUUCAGGGGCCUGUCCUUCUUUUACGUCCCGGACAAUGACAUUGCGCCGGCGAGGCGAUUGCGCAUCAACAGGGCGAGAGAGUUUGGGGCCGUCUGGACGAGGGAUCUGCUGGCGGCAACGCACGUCGUGGUGGAGAAGAAGCUCGAGUGGAAGGACGUUGAGAAGCUGUUGUUGCUGCCCGGGGAGAAGCUUGAGGGGAGGGAGAUGCCGAGGGUGGUGAACGAGGACUACCCGUUGGAUUGUAUCCAGUUUCGGGCUAUUGUCGAUGCUGGGCAGCGCAAGUAUUUGCUGAAUGGGCAGCCGGCCGCGGAAGCCAAGGCGAGUGAGCCUACUGCUCCUGCUGCAGAUGUCGGAGUGGAGGAGACGACCAGGACGAAGGCGACGGCGAGUUCACUGCCGCUGAAGCCGGCACAUCAUAACAAGUCAAAGUGGGAUUACGUUCCGCCCAAGGGAACGCCUUCUCAGACUUCGGAGUCUUCUUUGAGCGGUCCCAGGACGAGGAAUGGGGCUAGGGGAGCGGUGGCGGUGGAUUUUCAGCCUGUCGUGCUUGACGUGGCAGGUGGUGAGGAGACGACAAAGGACAUGCCCCGGGGCGAUGCGGAUACGCAGAACGCCAUUGCUUCAAAGGACGACAACGAUGAGUUGUCCAAGUACAUUUCGAUGAUGCAAGAGUUCAAGGACCUACCCCUGGAUGUCGACGAGGAUGAGGAUGCCCAGUCUACGGCAAUUGGGGUAGAAGCUCAGCUGGAUUUCACUCACCAGUCUGAAUCAGAACAUGAUUCACCACAGCAAAGGAGGUCGGCUCGGCGGACUCGAACGACAAGCAAGUUGAUAGCGUUUGAGGACCGCUUCGCCUGCAACAGAGCCGGCAGAAGAGACGCCAACCAAGGCAAUCCAAACUCACGCACCAUUGAAGUGCUGCAAAAGAUGAACAGCUACUACGAACGAACCAACGACCAAUGGCGGACCAUGGCGUACCGCAAGGCCAUCAGCACCCUGAAGCAGCAGACUGUCAAGAUCACCACCGAAGAGGAAGCCUACCGACUCCCCAGCAUCGGCCGCCGGCUGGCGCAAAAGAUUGAGGAGAUUGUCACGACAGACAAGCUGAGGCGGCUCGAAUACGCAGAGAGGGAGCCUUCGGACCACGCGCUGCAGGCGUUUCUUGGCAUCUACGGCGUGGGGAACAAAGUAGCCGAGCAGUGGAUCGCGCAGGGCUGGCGGACGCUCGACGACGUGAGGAAGCACGCCAAGUUGACGCCCAGUCAGCGGAUCGGCCUGGAGCAUUACGAGGAUUUGAACACGCGGAUACCGCGGAGCGAGGUGACUGCGCUCGGGGAGGUUGUCAUGAGGGCCGCGGGACGGAUCGAUGCGAGGGUGCAGGUCAUUGUGGGUGGGAGCUACCGGCGAGGGGCAGAGAGCUCGCACGACAUUGAUCUGAUUGUGACGCGGCCAGGGACGGAGGCUGCGGCUGAUUUGAAGCCGUUUCUGAACGAGCUGGUUGACCGGCUGGAGAGGGAUGGGUUUCUGGUGGCUCGGCUGGCGUCGUCCCGGGCUGCCGGCGGCGACGGAAGCAAGUGGCACGGCUGCUGCGUGCUGCCAGAGACUGCCGAGACAAACAACAACAACGACAACAGCAACGACGACGACGACGACGACGACGACGAUAGAGGCAGAAGCAAAGGCAAAAGCAGAAGCAGAAGCGAUGAUGCAGGGCACCGGCGUCCAGUAUGGAGGAGGAUCGACAUCUUGCUCGUCCCCGAGGCAGAGCUCGGCGCGGCGCUGAUUUAUUUUACGGGCAACGACAUUUUCAACCGCAGCAUGCGGCUGCUGGCCUCGAAGAAGGGGAUGCGGCUGAACCAGCGGGGGCUGUACAGGAAUGUGCUGAGGGGGCCUGCACGGAUCAAGGUCACGGAGGGGGAGGCUGUGGAGAGCAGGGACGAGAGGAGGAUCUUUGAGAUUUUGGGGGUCAAGUGGCGGGAGCCGUGGGAGAGGUGGUGCUGA